AUGUCUCGGUCUGCUAAUGUCGGUCGGUGCAUUAGCGUCACGACCUCAACCACCUUUGAAACGAAAUUUGAAAUUCGUAGUGUUCGAGUAGACCUACCCCAACUCUCCGGUGGCAUCGUGCAGCACGGUCCACCAAUAGAAGGUGAAGUGAAGACCUUUAAGGAAAUUGGUAUUGCAGUUCAUCAUAUCGACGGCGCUAUGGGCGGUUGGUGCACUGAAGAGGAGGAGGAGGAGGAUGUGAGUUUGGCCAUCGUUACUAAAAGGGUUCAUUUGCCAGUUUUAGGCACAAUUCUCGUGUUGGUGGUGGUCGUAGAAUCAGAAGGAACACAGAACACCACCAGUAGCAAUUUGCGAUUGUUUCAUGUCCUCCUGGAUUAUGGGAUGCGAUUGCUGCACGCCGGCAAAGACUUCUUCGAAGUCAAAGACCUUAUUCGAGUGUCCAGAGUGGAGCUGCAGAACAUUCGCAUUCACAAUCUCAAGUCCAUCUACGAGGCCAGCGUACCGGAGUUGAGAGCACUUCCAGUGGACGAGAGCAUGAAGGAAGGAUGGAAGGUGACUACGCGUUGCUUCAGCAUUGACUUGAACAUUGGCCUCCGAGAGCUGACAGUGAGCGCGGAGUCGAAGCUGAAGGUGUUCUUCAAGACCAAGUUUCACCCCUUCGAAAUGAUAAUUAAACCCCUCGUUCUUCAUGUAAGGCUCCGUGUCUGCUUUCCAUUUCUGAGCGUCUCACAGUCCUUGGCGUUGGACAAAGGGUCUGCAUCGAACUUGCCCCACUUCGCCACCUUCUCCAUAGAUCUGGAAGACGUCGAAAUCAAGCACUGGAAAGGUGUUCGAAUAAAGGGCAAAGGCACCUUCAACAAGGUGGCCGGCUUUCUAAUCAACAGUGGAGUCUUUACAGGUUUAAUUCGGAAGAAAAUCGUUAAUAAGUUAAGAAAAUACAUGCCCAUCAAAUUUGCUGCAUUGAAGAACAAAAUCUAUUCCAAGCUGAAUAAGCUGGUCAACAGGACAAUUGAACGUUACGGUGUUAAAUCGACUCGGAAAGCGAACUAA